GUUGGUUCAUUGAUUGAUCCCGCUUUGCAUCAGCAGAGUGCCGAGUGCUUUCCAGGCGUCGAAGAACUACGAGCGUGAGCCGGCGCACGAGGUGCGUAAAUCUGUCGGUUGUACUGCGCCCGCACCCGUCACUUUUACGUGGUUACCACUGUCCGUCUGACUGAGUCUUGCAGAUUGAGAGGUGAGAAAAGUUUUUAAAUGAGGUUCUGCUAUCAUGACUACAGCUGCAGAAAUCCGGCAGCAGUUUAUAGACUUUUUUGUCCAGAAGUAUGACCAUCUUCACGUGAGAUCGUCAUCCGUGAUCCCUCAUGAUGAUCCCACACUCCUCUUUACAAAUGCUGGCAUGAACCAGUUCAAGCCCAUCUUUCUUGGAACUGUGGAUCCGAACAGCGAUGCUGGAAAGUACAAGAGGGUGGUUGACACCCAGAAGUGCAUUCGUGCCGGUGGGAAGCACAACGACCUUGACGAUGUCGGCAAGGAUGUCUACCACCACACCUUCUUUGAGAUGCUUGGAAACUGGUCCUUUGGUGACUUCUUCAAGAAAGAAAUCUGCUCGUGGGCCUGGGAGUUGCUCACCAAGGUGUACAAGCUUCAAGGGGAGAGGCUCUAUGUGACAUACUUUGGGGGCAACGAGGCAGCAGGGCUUGAGCCAGACUUGGAGUGCAAGCAGAUCUGGAUGAAUCUUGGAGUCCCGGAGGAGAGGAUCCUUCCAGGCAGCAUGAAGGACAACUUUUGGGAGAUGGGGGAGACGGGUCCCUGCGGCCCCUGCUCGGAGAUCCACUACGACCGCAUCGGCGGGCGCAACGCCAGCCACCUCGUGAAUGCAGAUGUGCCUGACGUCCUGGAGAUCUGGAACCUCGUCUUCAUUCAGUACAACAGAGAAACGGAUGGUAAGCUGCGACUUCUGCCAAAGCAGCAUGUGGACACUGGAAUGGGCUUUGAACGACUGGUGUCUGUUAUCCAAGACAAGCCAUCCAACUAUGACACCGAUGUUUUCGUGCCCAUCUUUGACGCCAUUCAGAAGGCUACCGGAGUGAGGCCCUACCAGGGCAGAGUGGGCAAAGAGGACACCGACGGGAUUGACAUGGCCUACCGGGUGCUGGCGGACCACUCGCGAACUCUGACCAUUGCACUGUCUGAUGGAGGACGCCCCGACAACGUUGGCCGUGGGUACGUCCUAAGGAGGAUCCUACGUCGGGCUGUCCGCUACGCCACUGAGAAGAUGAAUGCAGCCCCCGGCACCUUUGCAAGCCUUGUCCCUGUGGUUGUCCAGAUCCUGGGCGACGUCUUUCCGGAGUUGAAGAAGGACACAGAAUCUGUGAUGGACAUCAUCAACGAAGAAGAAGGACAGUUCCUCAAGACGCUUUCUCGAGGAAGACGUCUCCUGGAGAAGACUGUCAACAAGCUUGGAGACCAGAAGUUUCUCCCAGGGGACGUGGCGUGGAGGCUGUACGACACUUAUGGAUUCCCUAUCGACCUGACCCAACUCAUGGUAGAAGAGAAAGGGCUCGCUGUGGACAUGGAGUCUUACGAGAAGGCCAAGGCAGCCGCUCAGCUGGCCUCUCAAGCUGGUGACAGCAAGGUGGACGAUGGCCUGAAGCUGGACGUGCACGCUAUUGCGGACCUCCAGAGCAAGAAUGUGCCUACAACGAACGAUCUCCCCAAGUAUGAUUACCGUGCAACGUCAAACGACAAAGCUGCCAGCUACGAAUUCUCUCCAUGUUCAGGCACUGUGCUUGUACUACGGACAUCAAAGCAGUUUGUGGAUUCUAUCGAGGCGGGACAGCAGUGCGGUGUCAUUUUGAACCAGACUAAUUUUUAUGCCGAGUCCGGAGGUCAAACCUACGACACCGGCUUCAUGACAUGCGAAACCAACGAGGAUUUGGAGUUUGCCGUCACUGAAGUGCACACCCAAGGAGGCUAUGUCGUGCACAUCGGAAGACUAAUCAGUGGCACACUCAGAGUGGGCGACAAACUCAAGCUCGCCAUCGAUGAGCAACGUCGCAAGCUGGUCAUGAACAACCACACUGGCACGCACAUUCUGAACUUCGCACUGAGGAAAGUGCUGACUGCCGAGGCUGACCAGAGGGGAUCGCUGGUUGCACCUGACCGCCUGAGAUUUGACUUUGCUAACAAGAAACCCAUGUCUCCUGCUGAGGUGAAAGCUGCAGAGCAGAGUGCAGUUGAGCUCAUCUCCAAAAACGGAGAGGUCUACGCCAAGGACUCGCCCCUGUCCAUUGCCAAGGCCAUCCAAGGACUCCGUGCUGUCUUCAACGAGACGUAUCCAGACCCGGUACGAGUUGUGUCGAUUGGGGUCCCAGUCGACGAUCUUAUGGCAGACCCUUCAAGCCCUGCAGGAUCCUUGACCUCCAUUGAAUUCUGUGGUGGAACCCACUUGAAGCGUGCCGGGCAUGUGGGUGACUUUGUGAUCACUACUGAGGAAGCCAUUGCCAAGGGAAUACGGAGAAUCGUGGCCCUCACAGGUCCAGAAGCUGCAAAGGCGCUCAAGAAAGCUGAACACUACCAGAAUGAGGUGAACCGGAUCAAGGCAGAGGGAGCAAAGGUGACCCAAGCAGCUCAGGGCAAAGAGCUGGUGAAGCAACUGGUUGAACUUACUGAGGAGAUAUCACAGUCCAACAUCUCUUACUGGAAGAAAGAUGAGCUGAGAACAGAGCUGAAAAACCUCAAGAAGCAGUUGGACGACUUGGACAGGAGCAACAAAGCUCAAGCACAGCAAAUGGCAAUCGAAAAUGUGAAGAAACUUUUGGAGCAGAAGAAGGAUUCCGAAUACAUUGUGCACGCUCUUGAGGUUGGAGACAAUGCCAAGGCCCUGGACGCAGCCUUGAAGCAAGUGCGCACUAUCACACCAAACGCUGCCGCCAUGUUCUUCAGCUGUGAUGCAGAGAAAGGGAAAGUCAUCUGUCUGAGUUCUGUGCCCAAGGACAUCGUCGCACGAGGUCUCACUGCCAACGGAUGGAUCAAGGAAGUGUCGGAGGUGAUUGGAGGCAAGGGUGGAGGCAGGGAGGAAUCUGCUCAGGCCAUUGGGAACAAUGUAAGCUCUCUGGACAAGGCAUUGGAAGUGGCACACAACUUUGCCAAGCUCAAGCUCACCUGCUGAAGGCGGCGCUGCUCCUUGUACUGGGGUUUCCUUGGAGCUUCAAUAAUUUUAUAUUUGAGUUUUCGUAAUAAACGCUGGGUUAUGCUUG